AUGCCGCGAAGCCUCUGGCCCUGGUCCUGGCUCUGGCGAUCGCCGCGGCUCCGACUCCGCGACCGCGACAUGCGCAGACUGAGUUCUGCUGCUAAUGGUGAGUGCGAUGAGCGUGCAAGGCCAAUCAAAGGUCGCGCAGGCGGAAGGACGACUGCAAGACCUCGCACUGGUGCGUGCAUGUGCGGUAGAGUCGCAGCAAAGGCGCCGGCAACGGCAAAGCGUGCCGAUCGUCUUUCGCACUCCCUGUCGCCGUGGCCGUAUCCGUGGCCGUGUCGGACCAUGGACUUGCUGUGUAUGGACGUGCACAUGCGUCUCACUCCCCCGACGGCUGGCCUGCUCGGCCUUGGCCUGCUGGACCCACCACACGCCGCACGCUCCACCCUCCACGCUCCACUCCACUGCCUUCAAAUGAAUGACAACCAUAGCACUUUGGGCUCCUCCCUCCACUCGCAGCCAGACGCCACUGCGGCCUCAUCAUGGGAAUCCCGCCACGGCCCAAUGACUGCCCUGCACUUUUCGCGUCCGUCCCUACUGCACUAG